CUUCGACGUGAACAAAACGUGUCGCGUCUAGUAUCUUGUAACUUGUAAGCAGAGACUUUACUCAGCUACAUCAAUUUCAUCUGAUCGGAAACCAUCAUCUCGGCGAUGGGUUGGCUGACGAGAUUUCUAACAGCGGUAGCGUUUUUAGCCGCCGGAGUUAUAUUCUCACCGGAGACAUUCGGAUCUCUGUCGAAGGGCGAGAAUCCAGCGAAGGUUUUGAUAUUCGUGAAGCUAGCUCAUCUCCUCAGCUUCGCUACAGCUUGGGGAGCUGCUCUCUGGGCUACCUUCAUCGGCGGAAUCAUCAUGUUCAAGAACUUACCGAGGCAUCAGUUCGGUAACCUCCAGAGCAAGAUGUUUCCCGCUUAUUUCACUCUCGUUGGUUCUUGCUGCGCCAUUUCACUCUCUGCGUUUGGUUACUUGCAUCCAUGGAAGUCAUCUUCUACCGUGGAGAAGUAUCAGCUUGGGUUCCUUGUCUCCGCUUUUGCUUUCAAUCUCACCAAUUUGCUCGUCUUCACUCCCAUGACCAUCGAUAUGAUGAAGCAAAGGCAUAAAGUAGAGAGAGAGAACAACAUUGGAGAUGAAGUUGGUUGGUCCAAGAACAGGGAGAAGGCAAAGACUAUCCCUAAGCUAGCUGCCAUGAACAAGAAGUUUGGUAUGAUUCACGGCUUGUCAUCUCUAGCUAACAUCUUUUCUUUCGGAAGCCUUGCCAUGCAUUCUUGGUACCUUGCUGGGAAGUUGGAUCUCUAAGUUUCUUUGUCACAAAGGUCUGAACUUUUUUUAUGUCACCCUUCAUGAAUAAAAUCUCUUGCUUUGUAAAAUCGUGAAACAGUUUGCUAUGGUAAUAUAAAACUAGAUGUUCCCUUUUUCACUGGAA